UCUACGAAAAGUACAGUGGUCGCAUUGAGCUUCUGCGAAAACUCCGCAUACAGAUAAUACUGCGGAAUCAAAAGAAUGGGACUCCUAUUCUCCUCCAGCUACGAACCGCCGCCGGGUUUCGUUCUCGUGAAGAGUGAAAGUUUAUCGAUCAGUAAGCGCAGCUGCCUGCUUACAAUGUCGGCACUCGAAUGCGACGUCUUUUGUCAUGCACAAGAAAACAUGGUCGUUGAGUGAUCAGAUCUGUGUCAUUGAAAAGCGCGCACACACACACAGUGCAGAUCGAUGUCUGGUGCGCUUUGAAUCUGAGAAGUGACAAAGUAGCAACGUGGUUACCCAUGUCGUGAGUAUUGCAAUAUAGCAAGGGGACGUUGCGCACCGCUGGCAUACGAAAUCCAUUUGGAGUCCGACUACAUUCUCAUGGAGAAGUCGGGGCCUAUAUCACUUUCAAACCGGUUUCUGCCUCCGGUGUCAAGACGAUUUUUUUUUUCGAGGCUUUAUGUCAUGAGCACUUCAUUACAGAUUUUUUGCUGCGGCUCCGCGUAUGCUGGCUACGUAAUUGCGCCACUGUCGUCUCCUCACGUUUUUUGCCCGGAAAAACUAAGUCUUCCAGCGGACAAGGAAACCGCUUUGACUGUCAAUAGCGGGAAAAAAUGACUGCUGCAAUGGAGGAUCGUGCGAAGACCUACACAGAGCAUCUGAGACGGGGUGAGG